GGAGGAGGCUCUGCCGAGGCCGCUGCCGCCGAAGCCGCCGCCGCCGCUUCCACUUCCGUGUUUGGGCCGGCUUUGUGCCGCCGGCCGGAGGUCGACGUAGAGAAGGGAGGGAGGGAAGCCUCGACCCGGGCUGCCCCGCCUCGGUUCAGCUUUCCACGCCCAAUAGGGCCCCCAGUUCCGAAGCCGGUAGGGCCCUCGGUUCCGGGCCGGGGCAGGUGACCCGGGAGAGGCGGGGACGCAGAUUUGGAUAGUACUGUGGCCUAAUAAUUAGGACAGUUGGUGGGAGCAAUGGAAGGCAGCAAGGCAGAAGAGGUGCUGGAUAUUCUCAGACUUAAUGUGGGAGGCUGUAUUUAUACAGCCAGGCGUGAGUCCUUGUGCCGCUUUAAGGAGUCGAUGCUUGCAUCUAUGUUCAGUGGACGAUUUCCUCUAAAGGUGGAUGAAUCUGGGGCUUGUCUUAUUGAUCGUGAUGGAAACCUGUUUAAAUACCUUUUGGAUUAUCUUCAUGGGGAAGUUCGGAUUCCCAAAGAUGAGCAAACUCGAAUUGCACUGCAAGAAGAGGCUGAUUACUUUGGCAUUCCUUAUCCUUACAGUUUAUCUGACCACUUGGCCAAUGAAAUGGAGACAUAUGCUUUAAGGUCAAAUAUAGAACUUAAAAAGGCUUUGACAGACUUUUGUGAUUCUUACGGGUUAGCCUGUAACAAACCUACUGUUUGGGUUCUACACUAUCUCAGUACAUCUGGUGCAAGCUGUGAGAGUAGAAUUAUUGGUGUGUAUGCCUCAAAAGCAGAUGGAACUGAUGCUAUUGAUAAACAGCUAGGAGGAAGAAUUCGUAGCAUUUACAAAAGAGAGGCUGGAAAUAAUGUUCAGUACAUUUGGAGCUAUUAUUCAGUAGCUGAAUUGAAGAAGAUGAUGGAUGCAUUUGAUACUUGGGAAGGUAAAGGUGUUAGCUAUUGGCGUGUUCCACAGGAGUUGAUAGAAUGCUGGACUCUUGAAGAACGACCUUUACAGGGAAAUCUUCGUCAUAUGGCUCCAAUUAGAAAAAGGCGCUUGAUAGCCUUGAAUGAAGAGGAAGAGGAUGGUGUGAACUGUAAAGCAGGACCUAAACCCAUUAGAUUUUUGGGUCCUUCAACAAGCACACAUAUCAAAGUCAAGAAUUCUGCUUCAGUAAAGGUGGUUACAUCUAAUACUUCAAAAACCUCUUCCCAGAUGACAAUUAAGCGGUCCAGUAGUGGCAGUCAUUUAGUUCAGUGCCAUACAGUUUCAAAAACCAUACCUGACCCUGGCAUUGCAAUGUCUGUGAAUUCAAAGAUACCCUGUGGAACUGGAAGUGUAGAAAAUGGUGAAACACAUACAUCCCCAGUGAAGGCUUCCCUGUCAGAAAAGAAGCCUACUUCCACUCGAGUGAUCAAACUAAAGCGGACUCCUCUGUGUACUGUAACACCUUCUCAGCUGUCCUCUCCAGGAAUGAAUAAAACAAACCACCCCGAAACCCCUUCUGCUGAAAUGCCCAAUACUUCCAGUGUGUGGCCUCAAAAUGUGAAGAAUGAGAAUAAUUAGCAGUAACCAGUGGUGGAAUGAAAACUUCUUGUCUUUAUUUCUUAGAACUUCUAACUCAUAUGGUACGAUGAUUAAUAAGUAUCUUUUGAUACAGUAGUCAUGGAAACUGCAAAUUUGAGAGUUACUGGAGAGUUUGUGGGUAAUAGGAAUUUUGUCUGAUGGAUUAAAUGGUUAGGACUGAUUUGUUUUUAAAAUUUUGCAACAUUUAGUUUUUACAUAAAAGAAGUACUGCACUUGUUUUAAUUUUUUAUGGCACAAAGGCAAGAAAGUAUUAGCAAACUAGUCAUCAGAUAAUCUUUGUCCUAACUACAUCAGGCAAAAAUGAUAAAUACAAACUUUCUUUGGGACUAGAGCACUUUCACAUUUUCAUAUUUAUUGAAGGCCCGGGGUUGGAGUAUGUCACAGCCUUAACGCACAGCAGUUGGCAUCUGUAUUACUAUAUUCUGUAUUGCUUAAAAGAUUGGAAAGUAAAAUGUAGAAUUCCUAGUCUGAUCAAGUGGAAAUAACCCCUAUAUAGUCUGGGCUAUAUGAGAAGAAUAUAUAGGAAGGGAGGGCAUAAAAGACAAUAAGUACUUGAGAUCAUACUUUAACUCUUAAAAUUCUAUGACUCUUAAAAUUUAAAAGAAGUGUUCUUUUUCCCUGUCUCUUUCUCACGCACGCAGUUGGCCUUUCUUACUUUCCUUUUGCAAAUCUGUUUGGAUUUAAUGCAAUGGGAAUUAUUAGGGUAUAAAUUCCAGGGUACUUUUUUGAAAAGAUUUGAUAAGAGGUUGUUUCUCUUACUUUGGUUAACAGGAAUCUUUUUUUUUUUUUAACAUUUUGAAGGCUCUUUGAAACAAUAGAAGUUGGAAGUUUAACUCUUUUAAAAUAAAGCUAAUAUUUUUAAAAAAUGACCAAACACUAAAGGAAGACACUUAUUAUACAACAUAAUUUGUAUGCAUAUAACUUUCCACAAGGGAAGAUGAUUUUAAGAUUUUUUAACAGAAUAUUUGGAUUAAUUAAUCAUCUAUUUUUCCAUGAAUAUUCAGUUGCAUAUAUUUUAGCUUUUACAUUUUUAUUUUAUAUCUGAACUCUUUCUAACUUCAAGGAAUAGUAUGCCUUUUGUGUUUUUACAACUAAUUUCGUAAAACAAUACUUUCUACUUCACUACUCAUCAGAAUACUUGGAUCGAUCUGAAAGAGUAAGCUAAAGAUCCUUAAGAGGAAUAAUUUUACAAAAAUAAAAUAAAACUUUUCCAGAAAAAGAAAUUGUGAUGAUUUUUUGUGAAUGUGCAUUUUCCUAGGUAUCAUUGCCCUUUAAUAGUAAUCACAUUGUAGUUAUAUAGAUUGGGAACUUUUCUUUUGACUUUGAAUAAUGUGAACAGAGAAUUUUGCUAUCAAAAUAGAUUAUAUUUACAUAUGCCAAAGCCUUUGAAUUGGAGUUUUCUUUGGCUAGACUUUUUAAUAGAUGUGGAAUGUUGAAGAUCUAUGACAAUGCUAUCACAAAAAGAACAUUCUUCCACAUUCUGUAUGUUUAAGACAUUCAGCCCUUGAAAAAAUGCGAUUGGUUUCAAAUACUAUUGAAAAAAUACCAUAUCAGAAUAUAGGUAUUCAGAAGUUUAAAGAAUAUAUUGAGUUCUAAUAUUUAUCAGGAGGGAUUAGCAUUGGGAGACAUAAGGUAGAUUGUAUUGAAUGUCUUUUGCUUAAAGGGUAUUUAAAUUGUCUAACAAUCCUCUGCCCUUUUUUUGUUAAAUAUGUGAAAUGAAACCAAUUUAGCUCAACAAUCCUUUAUUUGGGUUCCUCUGAGAAUUUGGUUUGGGGCAGAACAUAAAGAAGACUGAAGAAACCAGGGUUGGGAAGGGGUAAUUUAAACUGAUACCAGGAAACAAGAUCAAAUGGAGGGUAUUGGUCUUACUAAUUAAGCUUUUUUUUUUUUCUAUCUUGAUAUGAUCACUAGCUUCAUAAACAAAACAAGACAGAUUCCUAUAACAGCAAAGUACAAAGAUCCUUAAUUAAAUCUGAUAUGAUAUUUCAUAAAUGUGUAUACCUUUAUAAGGGAAAUUGGAUAAGUGUGUGAUGGCAAAAUACAGUCCACCAUUCCUGGGAAAAUGACCUGAAAGUACAUCUUAUAGAUAGUGGUUCAUCGAUAUUUUUGUUUUGCAUGUUUUUCCAGUAGCCCUGCAAUUGGUCAGGUGAAGGAAUCUAUAACAAUGACAUGCAUGUGUCAGUAUCCUUUCAGGCUAAAAAUAAUCUUAAUUUACCUUGUUUUCUUCAUGGAAUCUAUAUUUUGAGAAAAGAAUUACAUAGAUAAGUUAAAGACCUCUUCCAUCUUAGCAUUAGAGAAGAGCUUUUGGAGUUAGCAAAAACAAAAAUUAAGAAAACCAUAUUGAUUUUUGGUAUACUGAGCUGUGGUCUUUAGUUGGAUUUAACAAGUACUAUCUCAAUUCAGUUAAAAAAAAAGACUAAAGAGGGUAUACUUAUCCAAACUGAAAAAAUUCAUUUUUGUAUCACAAAAAAGAUUGCAAAUUAUUACUAACAUGGUUCUCAAAUUGAUCUUUAUAAAUAACAGCAGCUUUACUUGAAGUAAUUGCAACAAAUAGCUGCACAACAGCUUAAAGAAGAAAUGCUGUGCCCAAUAUAAAGUUAAGUAGAGGAAUUAAAGUAGAUAGGGGAGAGAAUCAGACCCUGCCUCUUUAAUGAGAGUUUUGACUAAGUUUUGGUUUUAAGCUGAUCCAAUGAAUUGUGUUGAUUCAAAUUGGUUUUGGGGCCUGUUAGGUCAAUACAACAGCAUCUCAUAGAAUCAAAGCAUCCCACUUUCAGACUCAUUGUCUAGAAUAUUGGGCAAGGAGUUUUAGGAUAUUUGAAUUCUAGUGCAGAUUUUCUCUUUGUUAAAUGGGGAUUAGUUAUUUGUUGUGUCUCUUCUACAAAAGGGAAUAGAAUGAAAUAUCUUUAAAAAGUUUACAGUAUGGGGCAGCUAGGUGACUCAGUGGAUAAAGCACCCGCUCUGGAGUCAGGAGUACCUGAGUUCAAAUCCAGCCUCAGACACUUAACACUUACUAGCUGUGUGACCCUGGGCAAGUCACUUAACCCUAAUUGCCUCACUAAAAAAAAAAGUUUACAGUGUGGCUAGGAAGAUGAAAAUUGAAAAGGCAAAAGUAAAUUCCAGAUGAUUAGUAUGAACAAUAACAGGGAUUAAUUGCAAGCAAAAUAACUUCUACCUGCAGGUAGUAAGGGAAGGUUUCACUGAAAAGGUGAGAUUUGUUUUUGUUUUGUUUUUUUGUUUUUUAGUGAGGCAAUUGGGGUUAAGUGACUUGCCCAGGGUCAUACAGCUAGUAAGUGUUAAGUGUCUGAGGCCGGAUUUGAACUCAGGUACUCCUGACUCCAGGGCCGGUGCUCUAUCCACUGCGCCACCUAGCUGCCCUGAAAAGGUGAGAUUUUAGCUGGGCAUUGGAGGGUUGGAAAGGUUUGUAGACACAAAAGGGGAGGAAGGACAUUCCUUUCAGGGGAAUGGCAGUAGCAGCGACAAGGAGCUAGAAAGACAUGAGGUAUUUUCAGGGAAAGGUGAGUAGUUGUUCUGAAGCAGAAGGUUUACUGAGUAGUAAGUUUGGAAAAAGUAAGCCAUGGCCAGAGAUAGAAAACCUUGAAGGCCUGGCUAAGAAGUUUGAACUUGAUUCUGUAGGCAGAGAAAUGAAGAAAAUGAGUUUUGGGGAUGAAUAUGACAGUGGCUGUAAUUGGGAUGGGGGUGGGGCAGCUGAUACAUUUAUGUAAUUUUAAAGACCAAUGGCAUUUACAUGUGAUAUCAUUUUAUUAUAAUUUUGCAAGUUAUAAUUACUACCAAUAAGAACUGAUAGAUAACUAAUACUUAGCUGUCAUCUUUUCCCCCAUGUUGUUUAAAGCCAUAUGGAGACCUCUAAAGCUUCAUCACUACAUCUCAAUGAGGUAUGUAGGUGAUGUAUAGGCUUGAUUUAUUGAUGAAAAACGGAGACCUGAGCCUCCUGGGGACUUGCCUUCGAGCCAUUCAGUGUAUCAUAUUUCCUGUGAUAGUCACAGAAGCUCAGACUCUUGUCUUAGUAAUCUUCCCACGGAGGCAAUUUAUUUACUUACCACAAGUUAAACCAUGUUGCCUUAUUCUGAUGCUCAAAAAAGAUUUCCAGGCUCUACUUAAAAAUUGAGAGAAAAAAGCUGUAUAAGUACACCUUGCUUUAUCCAAAAAGAAGUUUCAAAAAUUGUAAAAUCACAUGCUAAGUGUACUAGGUGAACUCAUUGGUAGAUCACUUUGUAAAGGGAGAAAUCAUAGAAUUUAUGUCUAUUGUUUACUUUGAGACAGGUGGUAUGUGAUCAUGAUACUAUAUUCUGCAAGUUUGUACUUAGUGAAAUGAGGGGAGACAUGCUACUACAAAAUAUGAAAAGAAAUAUUCUUAAAUGACUUAUCUAUUCCAGGCAUUGUACUUAUCAGAUAACUAAGAAGUUUUAAGGAUGAUGGUGAGCUUUUUUAUAUGUAUUUAUAUGCUUCUAAGUAUUGAAGUCUAUUCCAGAUGGUGUAUUUUAGUUGUCUGAGAACUUUUAAUAAUGAUGGCAAGGUUUUCCAUAUGUAUUUAUAUACUGAAACUAUACAUUGAAUAUUGUCAAUUAAAUGCUCUGUGUUCUUUUCUUAGUAAAUAGUGAAUUAAUGUUGCUUUAAGUUGGCUUUGCAGUUGGUGCAUAGGAUUUUGAGCAUUUGACAUAGCCAAAAGGAAACAGGAAUACCUAAUGGGAAAAAAAUUACUUUGU